CAGCUCAACCCCGAAGCCCGUCCCAUGCCCUGCAUAUCCAUACCAGUUCAAAGGAGGAGGCGUGGAUAGAACUUUUCUUACCUGUAUUAGAGUACCUGCAGCUACAUGGAAAGAAUUUAAGAUGUCGUCAAGGGAGAGGAACUGCAACCGAUGUGUCACGGCUUCAAUUCAGACGAGAUUCUAUUGAAAAAGAGGACAUUGCACCGGGUGUAAAUGUACCUGGCGCUAGCAAGAACAAGUGAGAAUACAUAACUUGCCCUACUUUGAUACAAAGGACGAAAUAUAAGAACGCUUCACUCGAGAACUCAUCUUUCUCCUCGACCCCUCUCUCUCACUCUCAUAAGUGUUUCGUUUUUUAACACGCACGUUUUGGAUCAACAUCACUCUGCGACUCUCACCUGUGACGCGUUGACAAUGGAUUUCAGACGGCUAAAUAUUUCAAAGGUGUUUAGAUUUUACAUUUUGGAAAACAGAAGUUACAGGCCUAUCUGCAUCUGGAAAGGUUAGGUAUUGUAGUGUUGCCAAUGUGAACAUAAGCGUGACCAUUUCAUUCUAGUGAAUGGCCAGUCCCAGAAGCGGUUAUGAUCGUGCACAGACCCCUCCGAAGGUGGAGUUUUUACGUCUUCUUGUGUUUUGGCAUCAUCUACUUAAGGCUUGGGGCCCUGUCUUCCGUGGUGGCAUUGGGUGCCAACAUCAUCUGCAACAAGAUCCCUGGGCUGGCUCCUCGCCAGAGGGCCAUCUGCCAGAGCCGCCCGGAUGCCAUCAUCGUGGUGGGGGAGGGCGCCCAGCUGGGCAUCAAUGAGUGUCAGUACCAGUUCCGCUAUGGCCGCUGGAAUUGCUCCGCCCUGGGGGAGAGGACUGUCUUUGGACAGGAGCUGCGAGUAGGUAGCCGGGAAGCUGCGUUCACGUACGCCAUCACGGCCGCCGGCGUAGCCCAUGCCAUCACGGCGGCGUGUAGCCAGGGAAACCUGAGCCAGUGUGGCUGUGACCGGGAGAAGCAGGGAUACUAUAACCAGGAAGAGGGCUGGAAGUGGGGAGGCUGCUCGGCAGACAUCAAGUACGGCAUUGAGUUCUCCAGGAGGUUCGUGGACGCCCGCGAGAUCAAGAAGACCACGCGCCGGCUGAUGAACCUCCACAACAAUGAGGCAGGGAGAAAGGUCCUGGAGGAGCGGAUGAAGUUGGAGUGUAAGUGUCAUGGCGUGUCAGGCUCCUGCACCACCAAAACCUGCUGGACGACCCUGCCCAAGUUCCGAGAGAUCGGCUAUGUCCUGAAAGACAAGUACAACCAGGCGGUCCACGUGGAGGUGGUCCGGGCCAGCCGACUACGCCAGCCCACCUUCCUCAAGGUGAAGAAGACCCAGGGCUACCGCAAGCCCAUGGAGACCGACCUCGUCUACAUCGAGAGGUCGCCCAACUACUGCGAGGAGGACGCAGCCACGGGGAGCGUUGGCACCCAGGGGAGGCUGUGUAACCGCACCUCGCCCCACACAGACGGCUGCGACCUCAUGUGCUGUGGCCGGGGCUACAACACGCACCAGUACACCAAAGUGUGGCAGUGCAACUGUAAGUUCCAGUGGUGCUGCUUCGUCAAGUGCAACACAUGCAGCGAGAGGACGGAGGUGUUUACCUGCAAAUAAAGGGGCAUGACAUAAUGGACCUACAGUACGGUACUAUGAUUGGAAGGGGCGUGGCAGGACUACCUGGAUGACAAGGAAGACCCCAGAGAAAAGAUAAAAGGACAUGUCUUGGAACAGGAAUAGUGAAAGAUUUAAAAAUAAAAAGGAAUGGAAUGUUCAAUAUCAGCUCUUCAUGGCAUCGUUUUGCACAGCAGAAUCUAUAUGAGCUUUUUAAAAGAAAAGUGAGGGCUAAAUAUCAAUAGAUAAUAAUACUAAAAUCUUUGACUGACUGAGACAGAAUAAUGUGUGAUCAUGUACUGAUGUAAAAGUUAUGACUACAGGAAGCAAAUGGUGCCUGGAUGGGAACUGUGCAUUGCACUCUGGGAUUUGUAGUUAUUUUUUUCACAAAAUGGCUUCUUCAUGGAACAGAAAGACAGAGACAGACUCUGGAGAUGUGGUAGAAAAUGACAGUAACUGUUGAGGGAUGAGACUGGCAUGAGACUCUAAAAGUCUUUUAGUGAGAACUUUGAGUUUUACUUUCUUUUUCCACAGAGGGAGAGAGCAGAGGUGAAUAUUUGAGCCCCCAAACUGGAGGUGUUUUCUUUUUGGAGCUGUGUAGACAUGAAGAACGCUGUGUAAGUGUGGUGCCUUUGGGGCGCAUUGAAAGUGGAGAAGUCUCUAUAGUAAGCCCUCUGCUGCCAACUGGAAUACGGUGGAGUAUGUUAGUUUUCCAGUCACACUGGAACUGUCUGUUUGAACACUGAAAAUAAAUUGUUUAUUUAUGUUAUAGUAUCUUAAAACAAAGCACUAACGGGUAGAAAUGUCUUUUUUUGUACUAAGUGUAAAAAUUACUUUUUAGAAAACUCUGACUGAAGAUAAUGCGUGUCUUUUAGAAUAUGGCCCUAUCCCACUAUCCCACUAUCAAUCCCCCUUUUUCUAAAAUGGUUUCAUUGCUACUGGUGUGUUGACUACAUAAAACAUCAACAAUACAGGGUAUUUCACAUCACAAUCAAUCACAUUGGUUCUAUUUUGCUGGAGCAUAGCUUUUGUUUGCAGUCAUUUAUGCAGCAGACGUUAGGCCUACAUCCUGUCUGGGUUAUUUAGCAUAGACAGUAGCAAGAGAACUCAUCUCUUAACCGCAAAGAUCCUUCCUCAAUUAUUUAAACAUGAUAUUGCUGGAUGUAUUGUAGAGUGGUGCACUGAUAUUAUUUUCUAUUCAGAAACGACCAAAAUUAAAAAGAAAUAAUCUCCCA